ACAGCUCGUUCGUCAUUCGGAACGAAAGACAUGGCUUUCACGCAAAUUUUGCUGAUCACCAGCUUGCUGGGGAUUCAACUACAGGAGAUUUACGGCCACGGGAUGAUGAUGGAUCCCGUGCAAAGGAGCAGCGCCUGGAGGAAAGGAUUCCCUGUUGAACCAAACUACGACGACAUGGGUCUCUACUGCGGAGGAUACAACGUUCAAUGGGAACAAAAUGGUGGACGAUGCGGCAUAUUAAGGAUUCCGUACAAACGCGGUGAGACCAUCAACAUUAACGUGAAGCUGACUGCCAACCACAAGGGAUCCUUCACCUUUCACCUCUGCCCCCUGCAUUCUUCGAACGAACUGGAGACCGAAGACUGCUUCAAUCGAUACCCGCUUCAGCUGUCCGAUGGCUCCUACAGCUUGUCGGUUCCGUCGAGUCAGUACGAAUUCAACGUGGGGGUUCGUCUUCCGGGAGGUGUCACCUGUAAUCAGUGCGUCGUCAGAUGGAACUAUCGUAGCGGAAACAACUGGGGUGACUGCGGCGAUGGCCAUUCCGCUUUAGGCUGCGGACCUCAAGAGACCUUCAGGAACUGCGCCGACGUCGCUAUCUCAUAAGCGCGUCCGUGUUUGUGGAGCAUCGUUCCAGGCACUGGCUCGGCAGUUGAACAAGACAUUUCAUCGAUCAACUCUUAAACUGCACCAAGAUCGCAUCUCAAUAGACUCUCAUCUAUCUUUCGUUCAUACGAGGACCUCUAUUUGUAUCUACAUACAUUUUUAUAAUAAAUCAACAU